AUGGGUUGCUCAGCCUCAAGAACCAUCACCAUAGUGGCCAACAGUAAUCCAGAUCAGGAUCCCUCGCCUUCUGCUUCUCUUGCUUCUUCUUCUUUCUCUUCCUCCUCUGCUUCACACAUUAACUCCAGCAAUUCUUCACCCCCAGUUAGAAGAAGAGCCCUUUCUCUCCCAAUGCCUCUUGUCCAUCACCCUCCCAUCAAAAAGGGUGACACACACCACCUUGUGUCCCUCACCUCCACCACCUAUGGCUCCCUUCUCCUCAUUGACCAAAAAGAUCCCAACUUGAGCCCAAAAAACCAGUCCCACCUCACCAAAACCUCAAACCAAACUGAGCCUGAACGCUCACUCUCCCCGGACUCAGUCAUCAACACUUGGGAACUCAUGGAUGGCUUGGAUGAAGAAGAAGAGCGUCAAGAAGCAAUUGCCAAGCCUCCUUACACUUCCGUUUUAGACAAGCCAAGUUCGUGCAGGUACACAGCAUUUGAUGGGUCUGCAAGGAAGAAACUGCUUGAUUCCUUUGAGUCACUGAAAACUUCACAAACAGCAACGGAAAACUCUUCUUUUCCAGCAUCAACCAAGAAGCCACUUUGGCAGCACUUAUCCGAGGAAGCUUUGCUUGCUAAGUUGGAUCCAAGUGUGGCUUGGAGUUACAGGAGAGCAUUAUCAUCGAGGCAACUAGGUAGAAACACUCUAUCUAGAGAUAUCAGGUCAAUGGGGUCCAGCCCUUUGGUAUUUUCUCCUUCUUUUUCAUUUGGUAAGAAUAACUUGUGCCGUUUGCCUGGCACUGAGGACAGAAUAGUGCUUUAUUGUACUAGUUUGAGAGGGAUCCGGAAGACCUAUGAGGAUUGUUGUUCAGUUAGGAUGAUUCUGAGGGGCUUCAGAGUUGCGGUUGAUGAGAGGGACAUCUCAAUGGAUUCGUCCUAUAGGAAGGAGCUGCAGGAUGCUCUUGGUGGCAAGGCAGUGACCUUGCCACAGGUCUUUAUCCGAGGGAAGUAUGUGGGGAAUGCUGAGGAGAUGAAGCAUCUGAAUGAGUCUGGAGAAUUGGCAAGGAUUUUGGAAGGCUUCCCCACCCAGGAUCCUGCCUUUGUCUGUGACAACUGUGGUGAUGCCAGGUUUGUGCCAUGCCCCAAUUGCAAUGGCAGUAGGAAGGUGUUUGAACAUCAAGAAGGAGGGUUGAGAAGGUGCCCUGAUUGCAACGAGAAUGGCUUGAUAAGAUGUCCAGGUUGCUGCUCAUGA